CGCAUAUGUGGAAGAUAGAAAGUGUCGAUGUAAACAAUUUCGUGUCAGCAGUCUGUCUUUUAAGAUCGUUUCGUACCGGUCUGCAUUCGAGGAUGUUUUGGUACCUGUUUCUGCUUGCUACGGCACUUAAAAUUAUGUUCAUACCGGCAUACCGGUCGACAGAUUUUGAAGUGCAUCGUAAUUGGUUAGCCAUCACGCAUAGCAGACCGUUAGCGAAGUGGUAUUACGAUGCUACCAGCGAGUGGACGCUAGACUAUCCUCCGUUUUUUGCCUACUUUGAAUGGGUCCUUUCUCAGGUGGCGAAAUAUUUUGAUCCAGCCAUGUUAAGUGUUACAAACCUGAAUUACUCUUCUAUGAGUACGGUAUUUUUUCAGCGGUUUUCAGUGAUGGUAGCAGAUGUCAUGUUUGCGUUUGGUGUGAAACGAUGCAUGAAUGUUUUGGCCAAAACUGGCGCACAACACAUCGUCGGAUCAGCGCUUUUACUGACCAAUAUCGGACUGCUGAUGGUAGACCACAUUCACUUUCAGUACAAUGGAUUCCUUUUUGGCUUUUUACUUUUAAGUAUAAGUUAUGUAUUGACGGAAAACUACCUAACUUCUGCACUAUUCUUUGCGGUUCUACUAAAUCUAAAACAUAUCUUUAUUUACGUGGCACCGGUCUACGUCGUAUUUCUAUUACGAUUUUAUUGCUUCCGCAAUGGUGGAGCUAUAUUGAAAUUAAUUAAGCUCGGUGUGAUUGUCUCUGGAAUUUGUUUGCUCUCGUUUGGACCGUUCUAUAAUGACAUACCACAGGUGUUUUCAAGGCUAUUUCCGUUCAAACGAGGACUCACCCAUGCUUACUGGGCGCCCAAUUUUUGGGCGUUGUACAACUUUGCCGAUAAAGCUUUAUCAUUUUAUUUGGGAAAGAAAUCUAUAGGCUCGCGUAAUACCGGAGGUCUUGUACAGACGUUUACACACAAUGUACUUCCAUCAAUAUCGCCAUUGAUAACGUUUGUGUUGUCUGCUAUAACUAUGAUUCCAGCUCUGUAUAAGCUAUGGACUCUGAAACACUCUCCCAGUCUUGGACUCAAUUUUAUCCGAGCUAUAACAAUAUGUGCGUGUUCGUCAUUUAUGUUCGGUUGGCACGUCCACGAGAAAGCCAUUCUAAUGAUGCUUAUCCCGCUCACGAUUCUUUCUAUCACGAAUCGCACCGACGCCCGCUGGACACUAUUUCUGGGCAUCGUUGGGCAUUAUUCGCUAUUUCCUUUACUUUUUAAGCCAGAAUUAAUUUUAGUCAAACACGCGAUGCACGUUGUUUACACCGGAAUCAGUGUACUUCUCUAUCGCAAUAUCCAUGGCGGACAGUUUUUAACGAUACCGGAACGGCUUUAUUUAUUUGGAUUCGUGUUCAUCUCCCUCUUGGAGAACAUAAUCUACCCUUUUCUGAACCUGGACCGAACACUUCCUUUCAUUCCCCUUAUGGUAAUAAGCGUGUAUUCCGCUUUGGGAAUUCUGUACUUUUGGAUAGUGUACCAAAAACAUUUUUUCGCUCAAACCCCAUUCCAAACGUCAAAGGCAGGACUUUCGAAAACAAAAAUGAAAUAAGUCAACAGUAACACCAAAUAGCCAGUUUGCAUCAAACCCAAAAUAUAUUUAAAGUUUA